ACGAGCAGAGAAUACGUACGACACAGACCAUUUGACCAAAUGGAUUCUGAUGAAGAGUUACCAACGGACCGGUGUGGGACUGCAGGCGGACCUGAACGCCUCGGAGACAAGGUGGAGGAUUUUAGCAUCGAUAUUAGUGGAGCAAACAGCAAUGAAGAAGAGGAUGCGUUUGUCCGGAACAGGCUCUCUAAGAUACACCAACGCAACGUCGGUGAAUCGGGACACGUGGAGACCUCUAUUUCAAAAACUACGGAUGUCCAGACGGAUGGAACUGAUGACAGUCAUCUCCCCAUAGAUCGAGGCUGGGCGUGGAUGAUACUAGCGGGAUGUCUUCUCAACGUCAUUAUUCUGACUGGCUAUGGUCGAGGGAUUGCCAUCCUUUUCGUGGAAUACUUGAAGAUUUUUGAAGCAUCAGCCACCAAAACGACGCUACUGAUGGGCGUCAUGGCUGGUGUUUAUAGCCUGUCUUCGCUUAUAUCCAUGCAUGUCCUGGUAGACCUUCUUGGUGUCAGGAAGACAGUGAUGCUUGGAGCAACCAUAUCUACCGUUGCCAUGGUAAUGGCUAUCUUCCCUACAAGUAUUACGUACCUGGUUUGUACACACAGUGUGUUAAUCGGUGUGGGAUACUCCAUGAUCUAUGACCCAGCUAUUGUUCUGAUUGGGCACUACUUCAACAAACGACGAGGACUUGCUAUAUCAAUAGCUAUGUCCGGCAUCAGUUUUGGGAGCAGCGUGUUUCCCCCUUUGAUACGAUACCUUUUAGACGAGUAUGGGUUACAGGGCAGUAUGAUAAUACUAACAGGAAUAACGAUGAACAUGUGGGUGGGUGGAUUGGUGAACCGCCCACUAGAGUCGCACAGAAAAAUGAAGAUAACAGCAAACACAAAACAAAACGGACAUGCAGCAAAUACCAAACUAAAUCGGCGUUCAUUGAGAGCUGAAUUGAAACAUUAUGGAAAAUCAAAUCCUGAAAAGUUUCAAAGUGUAAGUUCCAUUACAUCGGAAAUGACGGGAAGGUCUCCAUUUCAAGGGUAUUCGCUCCUCAAUACAGAUUUACCAGAUUCGCCUACACUCGUAAGAAGAAUCAGCAGACCACUGUCAGGGACGAGUCAAACAAGCUACAAUGUGUAUGCAAGCAAUGCCGAAAUAGGUUCAGUGUCAAUGUUAAGUUUAGAAGAUGAAGAUGAAGAUGGCGCAUUUCCAAAAAUUGAUGAAAAUAUUGAGAAGGAUACUGUCAAUCCCAAGAAUGCGAUUUUUUACAUAAAGAAAGUGCUUUCAACAUUGGAGUUUUCGUUGUUCAAGAAGCCAGUGUUCUUAAUGGUUAUUUUGUAUUCUUUCUUUGGAAUAACCAUAGGCCUUGUGCCGGUAUAUUUGCCCGCGUUGGCGAAAGACAAAGACAUCAAUCAGAGUGACGCUGCAAUAUUUCUACUUAUAUCUGGAGCAAUAGAUUUCUUUAGCAGAUUUGUCUAUGGUUUCUUAGCAGACUCGAAAAUCAUGCGAGUUACAACGAUUAUGGCGAUUGGUCUUAUAAUUACUGGGACUAUUACUCAUCUCACAUUUUUUUUCAAUUCGUAUGUGACAUUGCUGAUAUAUUCUGUAGUGUACGGGAUGUUCGCGAGCUCCUACUUUUGUCUGAUUCCUGUCGCAAUUGUAGACCUCCUCGGAUUGCAGUACAUGGCGAAGACACUUGGCUUUGUAUCUCUUUUCCAUGGUGUUUCAAUGGCCAUAACGCACCCUAUCGUAGGUAGUCUUACAGAUUACACUGGUUCAUAUACUGCAGGCUUCAACUAUCUUGGUGCAUGUGCAUAUGCAUCUGCAAUCAUUCUGCUGUGUGUACCGCUACUAACAAGACGCGUCUCAAGACACCUGAAAGAAGAAUCAUUAAAUGAAAAUGAGGAGGAAAUCAAACCAUUGCAGCUAACAACGGAAUUGUAAUGGGACAUUUAUCUUUUCAAGAAAUUUUACUUUUUAAUUGGACGUCGAUCCAGAAGUAUGAACAUUGACCUGUUGUUAGUGUUUGAUUGUUUUAGUUCUUUUGGACCCUGGAUACUUUAAAAUAAUUCGAAUUGGUGAAAUUGAGGGAGAUGAUUGAACACUCGCUGCAUCUACUGUAACAGCAAUGGUUUUCUUCAGAUCGAAAUAUCGACAUCCGUAAAUGUCUACAUGAUCCUGCUUAUCGGAGGUGAAAAAGUAAGACCUUUAGAAAUAUAAUCUGUGGGAUGCGACAACCAAUUGUUAUUCCACAUUUGUCUGUCACGUUGUUUGUUUUGUGAAAUAAUACAAAAUGGUUAAAAAUG